AGCAGGUUUGUAUGCUCGGAACUCGCGGUCUUGCGGAGUGUUCCAAUAAUGUGGUUCAAUCUCAUAGUCAUCUUCUUACUCGCCGGGCAGGUCGUGUGUCAGAGCAAACCGUUUCCUUUUGGACCUAGGAGAAGAGUGCUCCCGGGUCAAAGGUCAUCUGGCUGUUUUGAUUGCGUCACUGAACUGAAGCAAUGCAUCUUGACAUGCACUGAGAAGUUCGACUGCUCUGAAAUGAAUGUCAAAGAAGGCUUUUGCCCCAUUGGAGACCAACGUCCAGACAACUGCUCCCUUUCAACUACCGCAUUCCUAAAUGUUUGUAAAACUGAUUCGGAUUGCCCAGGAACCAAGAAGUGCUGUCACAGUGGUUGCAGUAAAGUGUGCGUCAGCGCAUUGCCAGUUCCACCUCAUCAGGUGGGCAGGAGGAAUCGCACUCCAUUUAAGCCUGUUGAUAUAAAGGGAAGAAAACAGAAAAACGACAUAAUUCGCAAAUAGUGAAAUCUCUCUUUCAGCAAAAGAAUGAUAUUCCAAGAAAGUGUGAACCUGCACAUGUACUAUUAGAUGUUUGACUAUUAAAGUAGGUAGCUACAGA